AUGGGACGGCUCACCAAGAAGCAAGUUUAUUCGGUUGGCGACUUUGUCUUAUUACGACACGAAAACAAGUUUGGCUUGGAAUACAAUUGGCGUGGUCCUUACAAGAUUGCUGAACGUAACCUUGACACGGAUAUCUACAAGUUACACAGCAUGAAUGGUGAAGCACACAAGUCUUGGGUGCACACUGAUCGUUUACGUCCCAUUCAUAUCAACAAGGCCGAUGGUAAUCCUGACACAUGGUACGAUCCCACUGCUACAAGAGCACGUUGGCGCCAACUUACCGAUGCUGCCAAUACUAUUGCUUCCGUGUUGGUCGAGGGCGACCAAGAUUUUCGGGAGGGGGUAUUGUCGUAG